AGCACCAUGGACCAAAGUGGGAUGGAGAUUCCGGUGACCCUCAUCAUUAAAGCACCGAAUCAGAAAUACAGUGACCAGACUAUUAGCUGCUUCUUGAACUGGACCGUGGGGAAACUAAAAACGCAUCUAUCUAACGUGUACCCUAGCAAACCAUUGACGAAGGAUCAGAGAUUGGUGUAUUCGGGCAGACUGCUUCCCGAUCAUCUGCAGCUGAAAGACAUUCUCAGAAAACAAGAUGAGUAUCAUAUGGUUCAUCUAGUAUGUACUUCUCGGACUCCUCCCGGUUCUCCAAAAUCCAGCACCAGUAAAGAGAGUCAUGAAGCGUUGGCAUCCAGCAGCAAUUCUAGUUCAGAUCAGUCAGGAUCAACAACUCCAUCAUCCAGUCAAGAAACCUUGUCCUUAGCUGCCAGUUCUUCCUCAGAAGGAUUGAGGCAACGUACCCUUCCACAAGCACAAACUGAUCCAGCACAGAGUCAUCAGUUCCCAUAUGUAAUGCAAGGAAAUGUAGAUAACCAGCUUCCUGGGCAAGCUAUCCCAGCGGGGUUCCCAGUGUAUCCCGCUUUCAGCCCCCUGCAGAUGCUGUGGUGGCGACAGAUGUAUGCUCAUCAGUAUUACAUGCAAUAUCAAGCUGCAGUUUCAGCUCAGGCCACAUCAAAUGCCAACCCAGCCGAGCCUUCUGCUUCACAGCCUCUAAAUUUGGCACAUGUUCCUGGAGAAGAACCCCCACCAGCUCCAAACCUAGUGGCCCAAGAAAAUCGACCCAUGAAUGAGAAUGUUCAAAUGAAUGCACAGGGAGGUCCAGUGCUGAACGAAGAAGACUUCAAUCGAGACUGGCUAGACUGGAUGUACACGUUCUCACGAGCUGCAAUUCUCCUUAGCAUUGUAUACUUCUAUUCUUCUUUUAGUCGGUUUAUCAUGGUAAUGGGAGCCAUGCUACUGGUUUAUUUACACCAAGCUGGAUGGUUUCCUUUUAGGCAAGAAGGUCAGCAGCAGGCUCCCAACAAUAAUGCCGAAGUUAACAAUGAUGGGCAAAAUGCAAACAAUCUAGAACUUGAAGAAAUGGAGCGUCUUAUGGAUGAUGGGCUUGAAGAUGAGAGUGGAGAAGAUGCAGGUGAAGAUGCCAGUGCAAUUCAAAGGCCUGGAUUAAUGGCGUCAGCUUGGUCUUUUAUCACCACCUUCUUUACUUCACUAAUACCAGAGGGACCUCCCCAGGUUGCCAAUUAGACCUGAAAAACUGUGCCAGCUGCAAAGGAGGGUCUGACUCUAGGAAAGUGUUUAAAAUAACAGUGCAAUUUCAAAAAAAUUUAUUACUUUUCAUCAUCAUGUACAGAGGUGUUUUUUUUCUUUAAGCUUCUCAUGCAUAUGAAUAUUUUAAGCACAAAUGAACUACUAACUGUGUGAUUUUUUUUUUUUUAAGAUCCUAACAGAACAUAGUGUAACAAUAUUGGUCUUCCAGGUUUUACUAAUUUCAAUUAUGUAUAUUAUACCAAGACAGACCUGUUUGUGUGUCUUAUUUCUUUAAAGAGCUGCUUCACAUAUAAAUGUCUAUAGCUAAUAGCCCAGCCCUUCGAUGUGUAAUUUGAAUAAAUAUAUCUAUUUUCUGUGAAUUAUCCUGAAAAUUUUAAACAGAAUGACCUCAUAGUUUUUAAUAAAGAAUAUUAUUUACCUAAAAUGUGCUAGUAGCAUCUUGCCCAGCCAUAAAGCAAUAAACUUCUCAAUAAUCUUAAUUUUGACAUUUGAAUAAAUAAUGGAAACUUUCUAUUUUAAGGGCAUGUAUCCCAUCAAUUGGAAUCAGUAUCUUAAAAAAAGGCAGCUCUUCAGUGGAAUUAAUAGUGAUAUAAAAUGUUUGAUACAGGCAGUACUUUUAUAAAAUAAGAUAUGCUGGAAAUCACUCCCUGUAAUUUUUUUAAAUAAAAGGUCAAUUAUGGUAAA